CUUUCCUCUAUCAGUCGCCGUUUGUGCCUUGCUGAGUGCGCGUCGCACUUUCAAACAUUCCGCAACUCGCCCGAGAGGCGAUCACAACGUGCGCGAAAAUGUUAAAACUCUUCCUACUCACAUCCUGCCUGCAGGCACUGGCAGUAAUAGUCGAGUGCAGCAUCCCAGCUGGAUUCUACAUUGAUAACGGACGCGAUCAGACUAUGCUCGAGCAUGUCUUGACCAUGCAGGAGAAGCGUGAAGUGGAGCUGGAGAUUCUGCAUUUGCUCGGGCUGCCGAGCCGGCCGCGGCGUAUGAGCGAAAAGCAGCUCACCAAAUCAGCGCCUAAAUUCCUCCUGGACGUCUAUCGCAGCUUGCUGGAGAAAGAAAAUGGUCGCGAAGAGCGUUCUGCUGAUCUUGAUAUUAGCGGAGAAGAGCGCAACGCCAUCGACGAGAGCGAUAUCAUUAUGACUUUCGAUAGCAUCAGCCACCAUGUUCCCGGUGUACGUCAUGAACGUGGAAAAAGGUUAUGGUUUAAUGUAACAGACGUCCCUAUUGGUGAUGACAUCGUCGGGGCGGAGCUACGAAUCUUCCAAAAUCAAAAUUACACGAAUAAAAAAGCUAAUGCGAAGUUUACCGUCACUGCAUACGAAUUAAUUAAUACAGAUGAUGGUGAACGGGAAUUAGAAUACAUAACAUCAAUCAACACAACGGCGGGCUUCACUGGCUGGUUGGAAUUGAACCUCACAAAGUGCUUAACCACUUGGGUGGCGUUCCCCGACUCGAAUAAAGGCAUCUACCUGUCGGUGCACCCGGUCAAUCGGGCAGCGCAUGAAAUUCGCCCUGAGGACAUUGGUUUGGUGACGGUGAAAAGCGAAGACGAAACACAACCGUUUAUGGUGGCUUUUCUUAAGAAUAACCACCAAGGAGGUACUGUUCGUGUUGCUAGGGACACAAGAAGAGUUCGAAAAUCAGAAUAUCCACAAUUGAUGCAAAGUUAUAAACAUGACGCAUCUAUCCAACCAGAUUGGAGGAGUUGUCGUAUCCAAAAUCUUUACAUUAGUUUUAAAGAUUUAAAGUGGCAUGAUUGGAUUAUUGCACCACCUGGUUAUGAAGCAUAUUAUUGUGCUGGUGAGUGCAAUUUCCCACUGAACAGCCACAUGAAUGCCACAAAUCAUGCCAUCGUGCAGACACUGGCCCAUCUUGUGAAUCCACUGAAAUUCCCAAAACCAUGCUGUGCGCCUACAAGAUUAACUCCUAUUUCGGUGCUUUAUUAUUUAAACGAUGCCAAUGUCACACUCAAGAAGUACCAGAGAAUGGUGGUGAAAAGUUGUGGGUGUUUAUAAAUGAUAAACAUGCGCUUUUAAGAAAUGCGACAAAAAGUGAUGAAUCAUAUCAAUUCGACUGCAUUUUGAACUUGUCGAUACUUUCGUACCUUUGUAUCUUAAUAUUUUAUACUCGAGACAUGUAACAAAUAGUUUUUUUCGUGAAUUUGUACAUAGUAAUUUAAGUUCAGUAGUUUUAACAUUUUAUGUCGGUUGCUGCUGGAAAAUCAUGAGCAACUUAUGAAUAUAUAAAUGUAGGCAACCGAGUAUACACUAACUUAUAAACAAAUUCAAAACGUCA